AUGCUGAAAUCUUUGGUUAGGAAAAUACAAAAGGGACUCUCACUAAUUGUGCCCAAAAACUACUUCAAUGAAGAUGUUAGGGAAGGAUAUUUUGUUGUGGUUGCAAUGAAAGAUGGAGAAACCAAAAGGUUUAUGAUUGGAUUAGAGUACUUGAAUGAUCCUGUAUUUUUGAGAUUACUUGAUCAAGCUAGGGAAGAGUAUGGUUUUAGACAGCAGGGAACUCUUGCAGUCCCUUGUGGGCCUCAAGAAUUGCAGAACAUUCUACAUAGUUCUAGAGGGUAG